GGUAGAAUAUGGUAAUAUAUGCAACGCGGCCACCUCUGCAGCUACCAUUCUGAGUCUAUCUAAUCCUGGAGCUGCCAGCAAGCAGCCGCGUGAGGUUGGUGUGAUCAGGUGGUGACCGUGGUAACCGGUUCCCGGCUGCAGCCAUGGAGACCAAGCAGGAAACAUCCCCUGUGUGGAACCAGGCUGGGAACAGUGAAUCAGGGAACACCACUCAGGUGCAUUUUGAGGGCGGUACAGUAGCCCAGAUAGUGUACAGUGGAGACCAGCAGGACAGAGGGCAGCAGCAGCAGGUGGUCUACACAGCAGACGGUAACUCCUACACCUCCGUCGAGUCGGCAGAACACACCCUGGUCUACAUCCACCCGGCCGACGGAACAGGGGGUGUGUUUUCUGACCAGCCGCAGGUGGCCUACAUUCAGCAGGAUGGUACUACGCAACAGCUGACGGUGUUGUUGCCCAGUGGCCAGAACAUGAACGCUGCCAACCUUCAUGUCCUCAGUAACGUGGCCGAGGCCCCUCAGGUCCUCCUGGAGCCAGUCACACAGGGUCAGCUGUCCAGUUCCCUCCCCUCCAUGGCUGGGAUGGUUGACCCCUCCUCCAGCCCCCUGGGGGCCACAUCCACUGAGGACUCUGACGAAGAGGAUGAUGACGAAGAUGACUCGGACCUAGAUGACUGGGAGCCUAGCGCGCCACAGGCCUUCACACCACACAACCUCUGGUGUGAGGAAUGUAACAUGUCCAACCCAUCGGUGUGUAUGAAGCACGGUGCCCUUCACCCCAUCCCUAACCGUCCAGUGGUGUCCCGGGCGCGGGCCAGCCUCCCCCUCGUUCUCUACAUAGACCGCUUCCUAGGGGGAGUCUUCUCCAAGAGACGGAUCCCCAAGAGGACCCAGUUCGGCCCCGUGGAGGGACCCCUGGUCAGACAGGGACAACUUCACGACCACUACAUCCACCUCAAGCUGUGCAUGCUGGAUGCAGACAAGGACAUGGAGAAGUCUGAUGACAUGUGGGUGGACCUAUCCGACGAGGACAUCUGUAAUUGGCUGAUGUUUGUUCGUCCCGCCCAGAACCACCUGGAACAGAACCUGGUAGCCUAUCAGUACGGCUCUGAAAUCUUCUACACAACCAUCAAGAACAUCCAGCCCAAACAGGAACUGAAGGUGUGGUACGCAGCAUCCUAUGCCGAGUUUGUCAAUCAGAAGAUCCACGAUGUCACGGAUGAGGAGAGGAAAGUGUUACGCGAGCAGGAGAAGAAUUGGCCGUGUUAUGAGUGUAACAGACGCUUCAUGAGUUCAGAACAGCUACAGCAGCACCUCAACAUGCACGAUGACAAGCUGGACUACGUCACCAGACCGAAGGGGCGUGCUCGUGGGCGUGGCAGGAAGAGGUUUGGGACAGGAAGGAGACCGGGCCGCCCCCCUAAAUUCAUCCGGUUGGACCCUUCGAUCGCCACGGCAGGGGACAAGACACCGGAGCUCCUGGGGUUCGUAGGGAAGCUGCCGUACGAGGAGAGAACAGACGGUGCUCUGAACGGUUUCAAGGUGGUAGAGCUGGAGACAGACGGGGAGAGGGGUGGAGGGUUGGAGACAGAGGCACAACUAGACCCCCCUGGAGGGGACCUGGCCCCCGACACAGAAACAGACCCCUCACCCCCCAACAGCGACCCACCCUUACCCCCCAUCAAAGAUGACCCGUCCCAGAGCAGCGCCACGGCAGAACCUCACCUCAGCCUCACCCCCCAAGACAUGCGCCGGGCCAAGAGGAUACGGAAUGCGGCCCUUCAGCACCUGUUCAUCAGGAAAUCGCUCCGGCCCUUUAAGUGUACCCACUGUGGAAAAGCCUUCAGAGAUCAGGACAAGCUAGAGAACCACCUAAGAGUCCACGGCCGUGACGCCUACCUCUCGUGUCAUCACUGCAAUAAGGGUUUCUUGUCCCACGGUGCGUUGGAGGACCAUCUUCUUCUUCACUCAGAACACCGGACCUACUCCUGUCUGUUCUGCACCGACACCUUUGAUCGUUUGGACCUGCUGAAAGAGCAUGUGGGCGGGCAUGCUGUGAACGGGCGCUUCACAUGCCCUUCCUGCAAGAAGGUCUUCACAGACUUCAUACAGGUGAAGAAGCAUGUUCGUAGCUUCCACUCUGAGAAGAUCUUUCAGUGUUCAGACUGUGACAAGGCGUUCUGCAGACCUGACAAGCUACGGCUCCACAUGUUGCGGCACAGCGACCGCAAAGACUUCCUCUGCUCCACCUGUGGAAAGCAGUUUAAGCGUAAGGAUAAACUGAGAGAGCACAUGCAGCGGAUGCACAACCCAGAGCGUGAGGCUAAGAAGGCCGACCGUAUCCAUCGCUCCAAGGCCCUGAAGCAGAAGGUUCCCACCACAGACUUGGAGAGCUUCAUGUUUAAAUGUCGCAUGUGUAUGAUGGGUUUUAGACGUCGAGGUAUGCUGGUGAACCAUCUAUCUAAGCGUCACCCUGAGAUGCGCAUAGAGGAAGUUCCUGAGCUCACUCUGCCCAUCAUCAAACCCAACAGAGACUACUUCUGCCAGUACUGUGACAAGGUGUAUAAGUCGGCCAGUAAGCGAAAGGCUCACAUACUGAAGAACCACCCUGGGGCGGAGCUACCCCCCAGCAUCAGGAAGCUCCGCCCAGCCGUUCCCGGGGAACCCGACCCCAUGCUGAGCACGCACACGCAGCUGACCGGAACCAUCGCCACCGCUCCCGUUUGCUGCCCGCAUUGUGCCAAGCAGUACAGUAGCAAGACUAAGAUGGUGCAGCACAUCCGUAAGAAGCACCCAGAGUACGCCCAGCUAGCCAACACCAUCCAGGCUCCCCUCACCACUGCAGUCAUCUGCUCUGCCCCUGCUGUCAUCACCACUGACGGUACCACUUCUGAGGCUGUGGUGACGACAGACCUGCUGACCCAGGCGAUGACGGAGUUGUCCCAGACCCUCACCACAGACUACCGCGCUGGGGAUUACCAGAGGAUUCAAUAUAUACCAGUCAGCCAAUCAGGAGGAGGGAUCAACCAGCCUCAACACAUACAGUUACAGGUGGUCCAAGUUCAGGCGGGCUCUCCCCACUCCCAGCAUUCCACCGUGGAUGUUUCCCAGCUCCAUGAUCCCCAUGGUUACAGCCAACACUCCAUACAGGUGCAACACAUACAGGUGUCAGAGGCAGGACAGCACACGCAGGGUCAGCCUCUUAGCCCUUCCUCCCAGGUGGCCCAGGAGUUAAGCCCCGCCCAGCUGACACCUGUGACCCUGGCCCAGAGUCACGCCCUCCAGACGUCAUCCAAUCAGCAGGGCUCUGUGCAGCACGCCUACAUCCCCGGCAACUGGAACUACCGAGGAUACCCCUCCGAGAUCCAGAUGAUGGCGCUGCCUCAUACCCAGUACGUGAUCGCUGAGGCCAGCACUCCUGUCACAGGGGUCAACAGUGCUGGGGUGAAGACGACCCACUAUGUGAUUUCGGAGGACCAGUCUGAGUUGGAGUCUAAACAGGCCAGCGGCCCCCAGAGCUCGGCCCAGACCCACCUGGACGACCAGUCCUCGUCCCAGCAGCCCACCACCCAGUACAUCAUCACCACCACUACCAACGGCACUGGGGCCCCCGAACUGCACAUCACCAAACCUUGACCCCUAAUGACUGACCCAGGGACAGCUGUUUCUCCGCGGUGAGAUGGACUGGUCUAGGAUCGACCUGUACAUUAGUUCAAUUACUCUUUGGAGACAUAAGGACUGGUCACAGACCUGUCUGCAUGCAGCCCCCGACCCCAUAUAGACACUAACAAUGAACACACACACACACACACACAGUACACACACACACACACAGUACACACACACACACACACACACACACA